AUGAAUUGUUAUUUUGGUUUUCUUUCUUACUUUUUCGGUGUUGGAGGUCACGAACCAGAAGAUCCUUAUCCGAGUUUGUCAGAUUAUCACGAUUAUGAACCCAAUUUGGAGUUUGAUGACACAGAAUUGGUUGCUACAGUUGGAAAUGCAGAUUUAAAAGGACCUAUAAAUGAUUUAGAUCAAGAUUUUUUAGAGUCUCCUGUAUCCGAUGGAACUAUUGAAGAAAAUUUUGAGGCCGAAUUAGUAAAUGCUCCCACGUUGCUUGACGGUGGUCUCGAUUCAUUACAAUAUAAUGUUAAAAACGACGAAGAGGAUUUAAGCGAUGAAGAUUUUAGCGACAUUGAAAAAUAUGGUAUUGUCGAAGUUGCAGGAGAUGAUCCUUAUGGAAGGAAAGUUAUUGUUGUGUCUGCAUGCAAGUUACCUAGUAAUAAAGAACUCAAUCACCAAAGGCUACUUAAGUAUCUAAUGUUUACAUUGGACAAAUAUGUAGAACAAGAUUACAGUCUAGUCUAUCUUCACUAUGGUUUAAAUAGUCGUAAUAAACCGACUCUGUCAUGGCUUUGGCAAGCUUACAGAGCUUUCGACAGAAAAUAUAAAAAAAAUUUAAAAGCGCUUUAUUUAGUUCAUCCUACGAAUUUUAUUCGAUUAGUUUGGCAAGUUUUUAGAGCUGUUAUCAGCGCGAAAUUCGGGAGGAAAGUUAUGUAUGUAAAUAGUCUUCAAGAACUUCAUAAUUUAGUAGAAUUACCAUAUCAGCUUUCAAUACCUCAACCAGUCAUUGAACACGACGAACUUAUAUCGAAAAAAUCUAAAAAACCGUUGCCGCCACCUGAAAAAGAUAUCGGAGAUUCAAAAUUUCACGCUCCACUUCCCACGCAACAAUUUGGAGUUUCGCUACAAUUCAUAAAAGACAACAACGAUGGAGAAGUCAUACCGCCCGUCAUAAGUCAAUGCGUGAGAUUUUUAUGUCAACCUGAUGCUUUGGAAACCGAAGGGAUUUUCCGGCGUUCUGCUAACAUUUCACUCUUGCGAGAAUAUCAAAAUAAAUUAAAUCAAGGACAAGAAGUUGAUUUUAAAGGGGACGUACAUUUAGCUGCUGUUUUACUCAAAACAUUCCUAAGGGAAUUAGAAGAGCCGCUUAUGACGUACGAUUUAUUCGAGGAAAUAACUCAAUUUCAAUGUAUAUCCAAAGAUGAAAGAUUAAGACACGUCACGAUACUGAUAAGAGAAAAAUUACCCGAGGAUAAUUAUCAUAUUUUGAAGUAUAUAGUUCAAUUUUUAGCCAAGGUAAUGGACCGUUGCGAUUUAAAUAAGAUGACGUCAUCAAAUUUAGCCGUCGUUUUCGGUCCGAAUUUGAUAUGGUCGGACACGGCACAACUUUCCCUUUCGGCAAUCGGACCCAUAAACAUAGAAAGACAAAAAAAAAAUGAAAUGACGAAGAGAUUUUACGAAGAAUGA